UGUCGGUGUCGAUUGUCGGUCGGUCGUGUGAUUCAUUUUGUUCAGUCUUUUUGUUCGUACCGGAAUUGAAUUACAGUUGUUGGAUUUUAAGUUGAAGUUGAUUUAAUAAUCCGAAAAGAUGGCUUUACAUGUUCCAAGAGCCCCGGGGGUACCCUCAAUGAUGAAAGAUGGAGCACGGAUGUUCUCUGGGCUAGAAGAAGCCGUAUACAGAAACAUAACGGCAUGUAAGCAGUUUGCACAAAGUGUGCGCUCCGCCUAUGGUCCUAACGGCAUGAACAAAAUGAUCAUUAACCACAUUGACAAGCAGUUCGUGACGAGCGAUGCUGGCACCAUCAUCAGAGAGCUGGAUGUCGAGCACCCUGCAGCCAAACUCAUGGUCUUGGGCAGUCAGAUGCAAGAUGCUGAAGUUGGAGACGGUACCAACUUUGUGAUUGUCCUAUCUGGAGCACUCCUGGAAGCAGCAGAAGAACUCCUCCGUCUCGGUGUAACCACCAGUGAAAUUGCUGAGGGUUAUGAAACUGCCCUUGAAAAGUGCCUUGAAAUCUUACCUGAACUGGUCUGCUAUGAAAUCAAAGAUAUCAAAAACACAGAAGAAGUUAUUAAGAGUGUGCGGCCAGCUAUUAUGGCUAAACAAUAUGGCAAUGAGGAUUUCAUCGCUGGACUUGUUGCUAAAGCAUGCAUUGCCAUCCUGCCAGAGAAAACUACAUUCAAUGUGGACAAUGUCAGAAUUUGCAAGAUUCUUGGAGCUGGACUCCUGCAGUCUGACGUCCUCUCAGGAAUGGUCUUCAAGCGUGAAGUUGAGGGAGACGUCACAUCUGCUGAGAAAGCUAAGAUAGCCGUAUAUUCAUGCCCCAUUGACAUUACCCAAACAGAAACCAAAGGAACAGUCCUCAUCAAAACUGCUGAUGAACUUCUCAACUUCAGCAGAGGAGAGGAAUCUCUUUUGGAGAAACAAAUCAAAGACAUUGCUGAUACCGGUGUAAAGGUUAUUGUAGCGGGCGCGAAGUUUGGUGACAUGGCACUGCACUUACUGAACAAAUAUGGCAUUAUGGCUGUACGUCUUCCUUCCAAAUUCGACCUCAGACGUGUCGCCAAGACGGUUAAUGCUACUGUCCUACCCAGACUGACCACGCCCACGGUGCAGGAGCUGGGCUACUGCGACGUGGUGGGCGUGGAGGAGCUCGGCGACACGCGCGUCGUCGUGUUCCGUAUGCUCGCCGCCGACGCGCGCAUCUCCACCGUGCUCAUCCGCGGCUCCACCGACAACUACAUGGACGACAUCGAGCGAGCUAUCGAUGACGGGGUCAACACGUUCAAGAACAGUGCGAGGGAUGGACGAUUCGUGCCGGGUGCGGGCGCGACGGAGAUCGCGCUGGCGGCGCGGCUGCUGCAGCUGGCGGACACGCUGCCCGGGCUGGAGCAGUACGCCGUGCGCAAGUUCGCCGUGGCACUCGAGAGCGUGCCGCGCGCGCUCGCCGACAACACCGGCGCCAACGCCACCGAGGUCGUCAACAACAUCUACAAGGCCCACAAGGAGGGAAACAAGAACGCCGGCUACGACAUCGAAUCGGAAAACAACGGCGUGUGUGACGCCAACGAGAAGGGCAUCUUCGACGCCUUCGUGCUGAAGCAGUGGGGCCUCAAGUACGCCGUGGGUGCCGCCACCACAAUCCUCAAAGUCGACCAGAUCAUCAUGGCCAAGCGCGCCGGUGGACCCAAGCCCCGGCAACAGCAGGGCAGCGACGACGAAUCUUAAUACUAUACAGAUACACACUCCACUGCGGGAUCUCGCCAACAGCUGCGUACUAUACGCGUGUGAACACUGUUGUGGUUAUUGUCGAGAUAGGAGCGUAAUGUCACAUAAGACCAGUAGUAACUCUUGUAACAAAUAUACGCGACGCGGUAUGUAUGUAUUCGCGCCGUGUGCAUUCGCAACACAUAUAUUGCAUACGUACAUGUUGCGCCCACAUAUACCGCGCGGAGUACUUUUGUUAGAAGAUCUAUUACUGAUAUUAUACUGAGGUGAUGUGAACUCUCCUUUAUACUAAAACACAAGUAUUUUACUUUAGCAAUAUGUUGCAUUUUAUUUUCUUAACUUUACAUUAACAAUAAUUAUCUAUAUGUUACAAGUUAUUAGCUUUGAAUGUGGUAAUUUAAUAAUUAAAAUACGAUAUAAUGACAGUGAUGCACCAUAGUUUCAUUAGCUAUGCUACCGAAACGUUCGUUCUGUUAAGUUAUGAUAUACCGAACUAAUAAGUUAAUGAUUUCCAGAGCUUACAACUUUAAAAUUAUGUAUUGGUCUCUGUCACAAAAAAUGCGUCUGUGGCACUAAAAACAUGCAUUUUACACAAG